UGGUGGUGUGGUGGCUCCAUCAUUGCUCACGACUGGGUGCUGACAGCUGCUCACUGCACCAACGGCGCCAGCUCUGUGACCAUAUACUACGGUGCAAUGUGGCGUACCAACGCCCAGUUCACCUACACUGUGGGCAGCGGAGAGUUCCGAUAGAACCACAACUGGCCACACAACAAUGGUAAUGAUAUCGCUCUGAUCCAUACUCCUCAUGUCGAUUUCUGGUCAAUGGUUAACAAGGUGGAGCUGCCCAGCUUCAAUGAUCGCUACAACAUGUACGAUGGCUGGUGAGCUGUUGCCUGCGGCUGGGGCGGCACCUACGACGGUAGCCCAAUGCCCGAUUGGCUGCAGUGCGUGGAUUAACAGAUCAUCAGCAAUAGCCAGUGCUCCCAGACCUAUGGCCCCCAGCCCGAUGGUAUUCUGUGCGUUGCCACGCCCUGCAGCGGGGACUCUGGCGGCCCAGUGGUGCUCCAUGAUGGCGUCAAAUUGGUGGGCGUCACUUCUUGGGUUUCUGGUGACGGCUGCAUUGCUGGUCUGCCAUCUGGCUUCACUCGUGUCAACCAAUUGGAGUGGAUCCGCGACAACUCUGGCGUUGCCUACUAUUAUGGGUUUCUAUGAAAUGUGUUCUGUUAA